UAUGACUACGACUACGCUGAUCUCACGGAGAAACCACCGAAACCGACACAAGCGAAGCCAACGGAGGAGAGUCUAGACUGCGUAGAGAUGACUAAGUACGGAGUGGUGUACCGCAAGAAUUCGACCAAGUGCUCCAACAUGACGGCAGUGGCGGCAGCAGUAGCGGCGUUCUCCACGAAGCCGCCGAUCACUGGAACGCCGACUGUUGGUACGACGGCGCCCGUCGGAUCGGGAGCAGGGACGCUUCUCACCGAGGCGCCCACCGCAGCUGCCCUCACCUCGGGGCCAUCCUCCUCCCCGCCGCCCCAACCACUCCAACCGGAGGUCGGUACUUUCGCUUUAAAAAAGUGCGGUAUUGGCUACUUCCGGGAUAACCUCGGUCGAUGCCGGAGAAUCAGGAAACCACACUUGCCGU